AUGGAGUCCGUACGCCAAUCCUGUCGGCCUAAACACCAGGUCUUAACGCUGAAAUGCUAUCCCCGAUACCAAAAAGGCGUGGCGGAGGUCAAACCGAACCCGAGUGAACUUUCAUACCUGCUGUACUAUGCGAGUACACGUCGCAGUAAGCUGACCAAGGUCGGUGGCUUUCUGGAGAAGAAGGUGGCCAAAGAUGUCUGGCGACGAAGAUUAGGAAAUGUCCAAGUCGCGCUUCAUAUAAUAUCCGGACUUAUCGAAAAAGUUCCUCGCGAUCUUCCUAUUUACGUGGGCUCCGUUCUAACCGUCAUCGAAACCGUUCUACGAUCAAAUGAAAUUUCCAUGGUGGAGGACUCCAUCGCCACCUUCGAGACCUUCUGCCGGCACCAGGACAUCGCAAUUAUUUCCGCCGAACAAGGAAUUGCCCAAAAAUACCGAGAAGUCAUUCGUUUGUACGCAAGCUUCGCCGACCCCUCCUCCGACUUAUACUCUCCCGCAAAAGUAAGCCCACCAGUGUCGAUUCGAUGGAGAAAUGCCGGACUCCGCGCAAUCCGGAGCAUCGUCAGCUCAGAAAGUCUUGCGGCCGACGGAGGAAACUCCCUGAAAAUCAUUCUACCCGUUCUUUUGGAGAAUUUGUACUCGGCAGAUGAGGACGUGCUUAUCCCAUUGAAGGCCAGACUUAAUGAGGACAAGGACCCCGAGCGUGAUGGAGGUCGUGCCCCCCGACGGAUGAGCGCCGCAACGGUAUAUACGGUGGAUACUGUUGAGGCUGAUCCAGCCCUUGCAGCUCAGUCGACUGCAGAUGUUGACCGAAAGGCGGAGAUGGACGCCCGGCUACUAGCACUGCGCUGUCUCGAGCGAAUUACUGUCUCCGGCAGUAACCGUGGUCAGAUGCGAAUUGCAGCGUCCAUCAUUAUGCGAUUCAUCGCGAACAAACGUUUCCCUCGUACCAAUUCGCAGGGACAGCCAUCCGAGCAGCACCAUGAUGGGAACUGGGCUACUUCGCUCAUUGAACUAAUUGCAAACUGGUGUCCCGUCCAAGUUCGAUUUGUGAUUUUGAUGACGGCCAUGGACACCUUGUUCGAGACGAACCCCUCGGAGAAGGCAUUGGAUUCUGCAUUUACUAUUCUUUCCGUGGUGGAUUGGCUUCUAAAAUCGUCAGUCAAUAUGAUUGGAUUAAGUGUUAUGGAUAUCUUGUCUGGUCUGAUGCAAUAUGCCUCGAGCAUUCUGUCGCUUCAGGAAGGCGAUGGUGAAAAGAAGGCAGAUCUGCAAGCCGACAGCUCGUCUCACAUCUCUAGUCAGAGAAGGAGUCUGCUCACCCUUCUUGAACAGUGUAUUGGGAAUUUGGCUACUCACAUUUACUAUGGUGACCAGGUUGCAGAUAUGACGCGCGCCAUCCUCCGGCGCUUUAAGCAAGCCAUGAACAAUGAUACUACCGCGCCAUCUGCUCUUGCUACCGUUCAUGAAUCUACUGCGUCCCCAGUGGCUGUCACUCAGUCUGGCUCCGAGAUCAAUGGCGAAAAAGUUAGAAAUGAUGCGUAUUCGCACGCUGCUGCGAGAUCGACGGCUCUCCGAGCUGUCAAAGCCAUCUUUGUCGUCGCAAACUUGAAAAAGGCUGCCCCGACGUCCGAAACAAGAGAUCCGGUUGGUAUUCAUGUUUGGGAAGGGACCCAUGGUCUUCUUCGGGAUUCUGAUCGUGAGGUCCGCUACGCCUAUGCUGAUGCCUUUUUGGCCUGGCUACGCCUCGAAACCAAUAAGGAUGACCUCAAAGUUCGAAGUGACACUCCGAAGUACGUCAAGCCCACAACAAAAGCUGAGCAGCUAGACAAGCCCAGCCGGCGGAGCACCUCUGCUCCAGGUAAUCAGAGAGAGAUCGUCGCUCAGGCUGCGCAGUCUACUUUCCUCCGGCUUUUGCACCUGGCUAUCUAUGAUGCUGCUCUUGACUCUGCCUCUGUUGAAUCUGAGAUCCUCCUACUGCAUCUUCUCCUGGUCAGCCUUGUUGAGAAUCUGGGUGUCAAUGCUGUUCAAUUUGGACUUCCGAUGGUCUUGAAACUUCAAGACGAUCUUGCCACCUCAGUUGAUCUUGCCUCACCUAACGCCCGGGUCAACAUCGCAAGUCUUGUCCAUGGGUACCUUUUGGCAAUUUCGAACAAGUUCAAUCUUGAAUCCUCCCACGCCGGUGUUGAGGUCCGCAACGAAGUCGAGAGGAGACAGAGCAGGGGACAAUGGCUCUCCACUGUUCGACUGCCACCCAUAGGUCUCGAUGCUAUUUUCACCGAUGAGAAGGCUGUCAACGGCCACUCGGCUUCGUCUGAUAGCCUGCCACCUUUCCGAAAUGUUGAGGGGCUUGUGAGUGACAUUGAUGAAUCUUAUAGCAAAGCGAUCUCGUCGCCACCACAAAGUCCUCCGACAGCACCAGCCCGGGGUUUCAACUUCCCAGUACUGAGCCAACCUCCCUCGUCACACUCGCCGUUGGAGAGCGGUCUUCCAUCAUCCGUCAGAGACCAGAUGCUAUCUGCAUGGUCUCGAGAGUCAUGCCUGGCUGCCGUCGAGAAGGAAAGCGUCAAGACACUUUCUCUCAGUGGAUCCCGUGGAGGCACUGUGCCUCGCAACAAUACCAAUGGCGCUGUCAAUGGCUCUCCUGCUGGCUCUGCUACGAACAAACACCGCCGGAUGAGUGUUCCCGAAAUUUCACGAACGCCAGAGCACAGUUCCAACCGAGGGUCUCCUGUGCGCGUGACAGAGCUGCGACGUGUGCUCUCCGUAACCAACGACAGUCAACAACGGAAACUCAGUCCCCUUCGCGGCCAUGUUGAUGCGUCAAAUGUCAGUGUGAUUUCCUCUGGCAGUGAAAGUAUGGUCAGCGGUAACUACCCAGUCUCCGAGAUGGACGCAGAUGGCACAUCUAUCCACCAACAGGAGGGACAGUAUACUCCCGACAUAGAGGGAUCAGAAACUCCCCGCCCGGCAUCAGCUAUUGUUCUUUCAGAGGACCAAACCCCCACAGAACAAUCAGACAGCCUGAGCCGAGUCAACUCCAAAGAAAUUCCUCCUGUCCCGCCCAUCCCUACAAAUCUGUACAUCCCAGGUGGCUUCCCCAACGACUCCCAACGGUCCUUACUCAUCGACCGUCCAUCCACUGCACCUGACUCGCGUCAACCUUCUUUCCAGGGUAAGGGGCAAGCUCAACAACACACUCGCAACAAAAAAUCCUUGAACCGAAACAAGAGCCGCAGCAGCAACCAUCUCGCUGGGGCUGACUUCCAGGACACCAACGGCAAUUCUGCUUUAGAUAGCAGCCAUCGUGACCAGAUGAAAACUCUUCUAGAUGGAUUCCUGGCGCCAGAGAACAGUCUUUUGGCUAAUGGAGACCGCCCGACCACCGCUUCCAAGGCCCCAGUCAGUCGAAGCUACUCCAAACGCCGAGUCAGCGGUGGCGGCAUCGGACGCCCUCCCUAUUGA